AUGUCUCGGAGGCGGCUGGACAGUCGCAGCGGGCUCACCGCCGCCGGGCUCUUGAUCGAAAGUCACACACCGAUCAACGCGGAGCCUCUGGACGCCGUGUUCGAAGUCACCGGGGAGUUGGGAAGGGGCAAAUUUGCAGUGGUGAAACGCUGCAUAGAGAAAGCUACAGGCAAAGUGUUCGCUGCCAAGUUCCUGCGCAAAAGGAGGCGGGGUCGCGACUGCCGGGCCGAGGUUGUCCACGAGAUGGCCGUCCUGGAAACGGCCCGCAACAACCCCAGGGUGGUCAACCUGUACGCCGCUUACGAGACGGACCAUGACAUCGUUCUCGUGCUGGAAUACGCCGCAGGCGGAGAAAUAUUUGAUCACUGUGUGUCUGAUGAGCUCUUGCCCGAAGCUCAAAUCACCCGUCUGAUCAGGCAAACGCUGGAGGGGGUUCACCUCCUCCACCAGCAUAACCUGGUGCACUUGGACCUCAAGCCCCAGAAUAUCCUCCUGACAAGCCUUUCCCCUCCCGGAGACAUAAAGAUUGUAGACUUUGGCCUGGCACGCAGAUUGGGUGCGGUUGGGGAGCUCAGAGAGAUUCUUGGCACACCUGAGUAUGUGGCUCCAGAAAUUCUAAAUUAUGAACCCAUCACCACAUCAACAGAUCUUUGGAGUGUGGGCGUCAUCGCCUACAUGCUGGUGACAGGCGAGUCGCCGUUUGCCGGCGACGACAAGCAGGAGACGUACAUGAACGUGUCACAAGUCAACGUGGACUACAGCCGGGAGGCCUUCUCCAGGGUUUCUGAGCUGGCGGUGGACUUCAUCCGCAAACUGCUGGUCAAAGCACCCGAGGACCGACCCAGCGCUGCAGAGUGCAUCAGCCACCCAUGGCUGUGGCAGCAGUUGCACACGGGCACUGAGCCGGCGUUUGGCCGCGGCGUUCGCGAACGGAGCUGCGGCAACAAGUGGGCGGCGCCCCCGACCGAGGACAAAGAGAACUUCCUGGAGAUGUCACCGCCGCAUUCCCACGCCAAACGCUCCCGCUUGGACGAGGAAGGGCUUCUCGGAGACGGUGACUUGUGA